AUGCCUAAAUUACAUAUAGCCGAGGCCGUAGGGUCGGGACACCCCGACAGGAUAGCGGACCGAAUCUCUAACAUCGUCCACGAUGUACUAAACCCCACAGUUCACAAACAACCGACAGCAAUCGAGACACUAGUGACCUCCGGCCUCGUUCUCAUCGCCGGCGAGGUCGGUCCUGGUGUGGUCGUUGACGUUGAGGCGAUCAAGGCGAGGGUUUCGGAGUUCCUGGAUUCCAUCGGGUACAGUGGGGCCAGUUUCGAAAUCCUCGUCAAAUUAAAAACCCAAAGCCAAGACAUAGUGACGGCCUCCAGGGAUGAGGAGGUGGGGCUGAAAUCGGGGGACCAAUGUGUGGCCGUUGGAUAUGCCACAAAUUCAACACCCAACCGGAUGCCCCUGGCCUGGAACGUUGCGAGGGCGAUCAUUGCCAAGGUUGAGGAUCUAAGGGAGAGGGAUGUGAUCCCCGGACUACGCCGGGACGCCAAGUGCCUGGUCUCCCUAUUCGACAAGGAACUGAAUUACCUCGUUCUCUCCGUCCACCACGACGAACAACACAACGCAGCCCCCGAGGAGCUAAGGCGCGGCCUAUAUGCUAAAGCGGUGACCCCUGUCCUUCUUGAUAUGGGGGUUAAGUUUAACAGCCCGUGGAUCCACAUCAAUCGGACCCCGUUCAAUAUCGGAGGGCUGGACGCCGACACCGGCGCAACCAACAGGAAGACAACAGUGGACGCCUAUGGGACAGCCGCACCCCACGGAGGCGGUGGACUCAACGGCAAAGACAUGGACAAAAUCGACAGACUGCUGGCGUAUUACAUGCGAUGGAUUUGCGUGAAUAUCGUCGGGGCGGGCCUAUGUGCGGAGCUUGAACUUCAGGCACAUAUCCGGCCGGGGGCGUGGAAACCGAGCUUUUCCCUUGGACGAGUGACCGGGAUCAUCGACUCCCUACAAUGGUCCCAACUUGCCAAGGUAAUCCGUCGGGUCUUUGACCAUAAGCUGGGGGAAAUUCACGAGAUCUUCGGGGUAUGGAACGAGAAGCUUGAGGAGCUUGGGGAAUUGGGUCACUUUGGAAGGCCGGAACUUCCUUGGGAAACAUUGGACAGAGUCGACCAGAUAAAGGAAGCGGUUAACGGCGUCAAGUAUCUGGACAGUGCUGGAGCAUAA